GUACGCGGGAAAAAGUUGCUUCCCUUAGACCCUAGCUUUUUAGCCAAUCAUAUUCGUCUUUAUAUAUUUAUGAAAAUGUCGAACGGACGCGGAUCAACUAUUGACACUAGAGGGGAAUUAAACGAAUUGGUCCGUAGAAGAGCAGAAAUUGCGGAGACCCUUGCAAAUUUGGAACGGCAGAUAUACGCAUUUGAAGGUAGUUAUUUGGAGGACACACAGCUGUAUGGAAACAUAAUACGUGGAUGGGACAGAUAUCUCACCAACACAAAAAACACGAACAGUAAAGCUGAUAAAAGAAACAGAAAGUUUAAGGAUGCAGACAGGUUGUUUUCAAAAUCAUCAGUCACAUCAGCUUCGGCAGUAAGUGGACUACCUCAGGCAGAUCAGCUUUCAGAAAAAAAUGGUCCAGACAGUCCGGAUUCACAGAACAACCAAAAUAGUGCAAACACUCCAGUUCCACAGACAAAUGGACACAUGUCAAACGGAAGUGACAGAGAAUCCACUCAUAAUCAUUCAUCUGGUAAAAUAUUGAAACCCUCAUCCAGUAAAAGUAAAAAGGGAAAGAACUCCAAAAGGAAUAGGUAUACUUGAGUUAAAAGUUAGAAGAGGAAAAGAUGGAAAUGACUGAUAAUGACUAGGCGUGCCAGUGUACAUGGAGAAAGAUGCAAAAUAUAACAAGAUGAUGGAAAGUUUUCACCUAAUUCAUGAUACGAUACAAAGUUCAAGCACCACUUUUUUUUCUCUCUGUCACUGUAUUCUUGGAUCUGUAAUUGUUUUCAGAAUAUAAAUGAGGAAUUGAUCUGACUUGAAACUCAUAUGCAUUGGAUUCUGCAGCCCGGAAAAAAACUUUUGCUGAGCUUAAUUAAAUAUAUAUUAUAUAGAGCUGUAGUAAAGUUAGUUAUUGUCAAUAUAGUUGUUCCAUUACUUUACAACUUGAGUAUGUUAUAUAUAGUGGGAAGUUACAUUCUGGAUAUAUAUUGAUGUAGUGGAAUUGCUAUUUCUAUUAUUUUUGGCUCUCAUCUAGACGAAGUGCGCGUGGUGGGAUUAUUUGAUGUCUGUCCCUUCUCUGUCAUCAAUAGUUCUUCUUCUUCAAUCGCCCUACACUAUCACACCAUUAGCCUCGAGCUUUAUAAUUGUUUUUUUUUAACAGUCUGGCAUCUACAUUUUUAAAGCCGUGUUAAUCAGACAUGGAUAUAUAGCAAUAGAGCCCAGACAAGUUUGGCUAUAGAUCAACUUUGACCAUUACUUUAAGAGUAAUAGUCAUUGAUAUAUCAAAAAAGCAUUGAUAAAUCAGGUUAACAUUAUAGUACUUCCAGUUCUUCACUAAUCCAUUUUAAGACAUGUAUGACUUAAAUUUUAAUGUAAUCCCAUUAAGGGCCAGGUCUUAUGAGAAGUGGAGGAAUAUAAGCCCUUAAUUUUUGUGUGCACACAUACUGUUGAAAAACUGCAUUAAAAAACUGCAUUAAACCCAAAACAACCAACCAAACAAAACAUUUUUUUCUUCACCAGCUCUAAUGAUAUUUAUACAGAAUGUGAAUUUACGUAAAAGUUCUGUCGGAUUUUGGCCAGAUAAGACAGGUUUAUCAAGAGUUAUUUACCCUCUCUUUAGCAAAAAUUGUCUUACCAAUAUUGAUAAUGCUUAUCUGUUGCAAGUAAGAUGCGGCCAGACUUUAUUGAGCAAGAAAUGCAAGUAAUUUAUUCGGUACAAUUCCUGUAUUAUAUCACAUAUAUCAAAUCUGUUUGGAUUUUAGUUUGGUGUAUUUGAGGUAGUUCUGCACGUUUGGAUCAGAAUAUUUUCUACAUUUUAGAAUUUGAUUAAACCCUGUAUUUUCAAAACUUCAGAAUAUUCUUAUAAAAUUUGGCAAAUUUUAAAGAUGGGGUUGUGUUCUUGAUUAUUUGCUAGACUGAUUUAAAAAAAUUUGGACCCACACAAAUUUUCAUAAUGAGCAUCUGCGAAAAUCACAUUCUUUUACCCAUGUGCCACCAUUGAUUCAUACAGUCAUUGUCAUUUCCGUAUACUGAUUUAAGGCUUUAUUCCACGAUAUCAGGAUAAUUGAUGUGCUAUUAUUUCUGGUUUAUCAAAUGUGCAGAACUAUCUUAAGUUAGGUCGCUGCCCUUUACUUUGAACUUGUCAUUAAGAGCAGAAGGUGAGCGAAAGGGCUAUGAAGACUCCUGUUUGAUUAACAGACAACCUGCUUACAAUUUGAUUUGAAAUCCUUUGCAUUUUCAGUAUUUUUGGACAGUCUGCUUUAAUUCAUAUUUUAGGUGUGAUGGGGAAAUUUUGCAAAUUAUUUUUAUUGCAAGGUCUUUCAGAUUUAGAACACUUUGUUUUCAGUUAAAAUUAUUUUCUAUUAACAUGUAAUUGUACUGUUCUGUUUUAGUAUAAGUAAUUACCUAUAAGUUAUCAAUGUAUGACCACUGAUUUAGGUUGGCAGUAGUAGGCACACUGUUUUGUAAAUCGUAAUGGUGAAAACCAUAUUUUAAUUAAGAUAGAACUUUUGGUUUACAGAAGAACAUCCAUUCUAAUAAUAUGAAAUGAAUAAGAACCAUUGUCGGCACCUUGCUUGAUGGUAAGAGGUAACCAACAAGUUUUGUCGUAUCUAGGAUUCCAUGCUGUAUAAAAGCUUUGAUUCCAUACCUCAUAUUUCAUUUUGAUGUAAACGAGAUGUGCAACCAAAAUUAUUAGUCUUGUUUGGCACCAUAUAAGCUGUCUGUGUAUGUAAAAAAAUAAAUUUAUUAAAUGUUGUUUUUAAUUUGCAGAGUCAAGUGAAAUGUGUAUUUAAUCUAAUGAGUGGAGUUAGCCUUAAAGAUUUUUAAUGAGUUCAUUUUCUCAUACAUUUCAUUAUUUUUGUAGGGCAUAUAGAAAAUUAUAGAUUAUUGUCUGUUAUUGUAUUUCAUUUGGAAGUUUUGGUAUAAAUAUGUAAGAUGCUUACCUAGUUCAGUGGAAUAUGUAGUCUUAUGAUUUACAGGACUAGAAUUUUUUUAUCAUUUAAGAAUGCCCACAUUAAUCCUAUUGUUCUUUCUAAUUAUCAGAAGAAUGAAAAUAUUUAAAAAUGUAAAAUUAAAAUCUUUUCAAGUGCAACUUGAAAAUAUAAAAAAAAGUAAGAUUAAAAUCAAGCAAAACUUUACAUUACUUCUGCAGAUUUUUUUCAAGAUACUUGUAAAAUACAGGUAACAUUCAGUAUCUUGAAUUCCAACGGAGCGAGCUUUUUACUUUGAGAUAACUGAAAAUUAACUUUAAAUGUUACUUUAUGCAUGUGUUUUUGGGAAGGGGCUUGAAAUAGCCGGGAUUAUAAGAUAAGCGAGUUGCAGAUACCGAGUUUCAACUGUAUUAGGUCUGAAAUAAUGAAUAAACAUGUUUACUUCUUGUUAUCAGAAUGAUAUACUGUGACAUCACUAUUUUUGUGGGCAUGAAAUUUCUUGAUUUUUGCCAACUGACUUUUUCAUGAUGAUAUGAAUUUG